GACCGGGAACUGGGCGCUGCGCGGGGGCUUGCCUCCUGCGCUCUGCAGGUGCCCCCCCCAGGCAACCGUGUGCCGCCGACGUAGUAGUCCACAGGAUGACGUUGUGGGUGGUCGCCGAUGACGCAGUCGUUGUUACCUGGGCGUCACGCCGCUUCUGGCGACCCUCCUAUAUGGCCUAGGUCAGGAGAGAGGCAGGGAGAGGGUUCGGGAAGGGGGGCGCCCCGGUGCGACCUCCCCUCGUAUGAGCGCCCGUGGCCACGGAGGGAUGUGAAACCCGCGUUUCGUGAGUCCUAGUCCGACGCCUGCCCGUCUUGGCCUUCAUAACAUAUUGUGUUAAUAGGAGGUAUUCUACUAUGUUACGUCUCUGCGGUUGGAAGACUGAGUUUUGGGGAUAUUCCCCACGCAGUAUCCAGCAUUCAUGGAUCCCACUGGAUUGCAGGAGGCCAGACAGGUUUCAGCAGAUGCCAGAACACACUUCAAAGUCUGCAGGUUUAUUAUAGAAGCAGGUGUGAAGCUGGGCUUGCGCUCUGUCCCAAUUGCUACAGCUUGUACCAUCUAUCACCGAUUUUUUAUGGAGGUCCCUCUGGAACCAUACGAUCCCUACUUGGUAGCGAUGGCUGCCCUUUAUCUGGCUGGUAAGGUGGAAGAGCAGCAUCUGCGGACAAGGGACAUCAUCAACGUGAGCCACAGGUACCUGCACCCCCGGAGUGACCCCCUUGAGCUCGAUGCACAUUUCUGGGAGCUGCGAGACAGCAUUGUCCAGUGUGAGCUGCUCAUGCUACGGAUGCUAUGUUUCCGUGUCUCCUUCCAGCAUCCCCAUAAGUACCUGCUUCACUAUUUACUGUCUCUGAAGCAGUGGAUGAACCGUCACAGUUGGGACCGGACGCCAGUGGCCGUGGCUGCAUGGGCCCUCUUGCGAGACAGCUACCAUGGGCCUCUAUGUCUCCAGCAUCCCCCGCAGCAUAUUGCUGUGACUGUCCUGUACCUUGCGCUGCAGUGUUACGGGGUAGAGGUGCCGGCUGAUGCAGACGCUGAGCGGCCUUGGUGGCAGGUGUUCAGUGAAGAUCUGUCCAAGCGUGUCAUUGACCAGAUUGUCUUGGAGUUGAUACAGAUCUAUAGGAUGGAUGCAGAGAUUUCUUAGGUGAACUUAAAAGAGAAACCCUCCUAGGCCAGAACCUGUCAGUUCCAUCUGGGACCGAGGUAGCAGCAGGACCCCCACCUGAAGGGGACUGGUGUUGGAUCUGUACCGUAGAUACUUUGAAUGGAAUGAUUGAAUAGAACUAUGCCUUGAGAGUUGCGGGAAGCCUUUGAUCACACCCUUUGCUGCCCCUUCAACCAGCCUGAACUGAACCUGGAGCCUUCUGGCUCUCGGAAAAUGAGGCCACUUGUCCUGUUGAACUCAUGUUGUAUCAGGAUUCAUGGGAUGAGGAGGAAAGAAGUGGGGAAAAUCUGUGUUCCCUAACCUGUUGGCAUCCAUCACAAGUGAACUGUGCUGCUGGGCUAUACCCCCACCUCUGAUUUCUGGUCGUCUUUGCUCUGACACUGCUGUGGGUAACAUCAGAGCAGAUGUAGUGAUGUAUUAAGUAUGUCACCUUGUGUAUCGGAAGGAUUAUCUGAUGAAUAGGUGAUGGGAUAUCAUUAGUUCUGGAGUAAAAACUGAGUCUUCGCUUG